AUGGACACUCUUCAAAAGGAAGUCUAUGAUGCCAAAUACCCCAUUUCGCGAAUCGCAACUAAAGCAUCAGUCAAGCUAAUUUCGCAAAAUGAUCCCACAAGAGACAUUUAUCAAGGCCGAUAUGUGCUCGAACCAUGGAGCUCAACAUCACGAGGCACUUACGGCGGCGACUUGAUUACACAGGGGUUAAAUGCUGCCUGGGAAUCAGUCAUUAACCGAUCACCACAAGAUGAUGGCGUCCAAUUCCAACCUCAUUCAUUACACACCUAUUUCGUUAAAGCCGGAUCAACUGAAAGUGUAAUGAAGUGGGAAGUGAUCAAGAUCAGCGACUCAAGAAACUUUGCUAAUCGAUGUGUGUUGGGAUAUCAGAGUCAUAAUGAUUUAUUGGUGGUUACAAUCCAAGUAUCAUUUACAAAAGAUAACAAUUUGAUUAAUAAACAACGUCAAUUUGAUCAACAAGUGGCUCAAGGAGUAACACCAAAAAGUUGGCCAUUGGUGUUUAAACGCCAUCCAGGUCCUAGUUUUUACAAGUAUCGUGACAAUUUACACGACUUGCAGCAUAGGACCUUGUAUUAUAGUGGCCAUUUGACGCAUGGUGUGCCGAAGGAAAUGUUUGAAUCUAGUGAGAAUUUCAAUCUUGAUACGACGGGUAAUGAAGAACGUGGAUUUUUCGUCAAGAUUAAUGAUGACUUGGCAGCCGGUGUGCAGGGGUAUAGUGGUGCUAGUGCUAAUGGCGUUAAUUCUUCUCCAUCACAAGCCGAUUUAACGCGUCGCAAGUACUUGGCGUUGACUUAUGCCAGUGAUGCAUUCUGGGCUUCAACGUUUAUUAAAGCGUUGGGUUUGCCUUUAGGCACAACAAAAGCCGCCAAUGUAAGUUUAGAUCAUACAUUAUACUUUCAUGAUUCAAACUUCACACUCGGCACUACCACUAAUGGCGAUUCUAAUUGGUUGUAUUUAGAAACGCAAUUUGUGUCUAUGGGCAAUAACCGAUUAUUGGCCAUUGUCAAUUUCUACACUGUGGAAGGUGAGGGAACAUUGGUUGCUACAGCAGUACAGGAGUUGUAUGGGUUUUUGCCUAAGGAAGUUGCUGAUAAGUCGCGACAAUUGCAUGAGAAACAUAAUGCGUCUAAGUCACAAUUGAGUGUUGCUAAAUUAUAG